GAAACUCCGCCGGAUCCUGUGGGGUUGGUGGUCCCAGCAUUCAGUUAAACCGGUUUCACAGGCGCGUCAGGGAGUUUCCUUGCUCCGAGUGAUCCGAAUUUCGAUAUAUCUGGAUUUACCUGGAAGUUGUUCUAUAGUCCGAACACUUGUUCCCUUUCACCGUCUACACACGCCCAAUAAAAAAGAUCAAGCAUGACCAGCCAAGCAGAAACUCAAAAGAAACUAAACUUGGAAAAAGCGACCAACUUUAUGAGACAGUAUAGGGAUCCUAACUCCAGGGAACUCAAGAAACUUUCGGCCAAUCAGUUUAUGGAGGUGUGGAGUCACUAUGACAAAGACGGAAAUGGAUACAUAGAGGGAACCGAACUAGAUGGAUUCCUAAGGGAGUUUGUGUCCAGUGCUAACGUUACAGAUGUCGGACCUGAGGCUGUAUCAGACGAUAUGCUCGUAGAACUAAAAGCGUGCUUCAUGGAGGCCUACGAUGAUAAUCAAGAUGGAAAAAUUGACAUUCGUGAGCUCGCCCAGCUGUUACCAAUGGAGGAGAACUUUUUGCUGCUCUUCCGGUUCGACAAUCCGCUAGAGUCCAGCGUCGAGUUUAUGAAGAUUUGGAGGGAGUACGAUACUGAUGGAAGUGGAUAUAUUGAAGCUGACGAGUUAAAGAAUUUCCUGCGGGACCUGCUGAAGGAAGCGAAGAAAAUAAACGACGUCUCCGAGGAUAAACUGAUUGAAUAUACCGAUACAAUGCUUCAAGUGUUUGAUGCCAACAAGGAUGGACGUCUUCAGUUGUCUGAAAUGGCUAAGUUACUUCCUGUAAAAGAAAAUUUCUUAUGCAGACAAGUAUUCAAGGAAGGAAUCGAGAAAGGCGCCACAAAGCUGACAAAGGACGACAUCGAGAGGGUAUUUGCUUUAUAUGACAGGGAUAAUAAUGGCACAAUAGAGAACGAGGAGCUAAGAGGUUUCCUAAAAGACCUUUUGGAGCUGGUCAAGAAGGACUAUGAUGCCCAAGACCUCCUGGACUUUGAAGAGACCAUCCUCAGAGGCGUGGACUACAACCAAGACGGUAAAAUCAACAAGAAAGAACUGACGAUGAUUCUGCUGGCCAUAGCGAAGCAUAACCAAGAAGAAGAACCAGCGGCAUAAACUCACUUAAUUGAAAAAAGAAAAAAGAAAAAUCGACGCGAUAAGUCAAAUAGCUUAUAUAAGGCGAUUGAGAUCCUUGCCGCACGAUAAGUCUUAAUUGUAUCGCCGGUAUAUGCUAUAGUCUUAAGCGCUGCGACUGCAAUCGUUACUAUCUUUAGUAUUUAAGGUUUUAAAGUUGCCAAUUUAUCGACGUUAAAAUAGCACAAAUUUUUUCGAGGUAAUGUUUUUUAAUGGUUAGUUUCAAGCUGUUUAGUCCACGUUUAUGCCCUACAAGAUUCAAUUUUUCUUCCUAAUGUGAACAUAUCCGAACAGAAACCUCAACCGUGACGCGAGUACCUCAAAAAUUACAAUCAUACAUACCAAAUUUAUUGGUUUAAUAAUUGAAUGUGGGCUUUACAGCAUGUUUUUUAAAGAAAAAUUUUAGUGUUAAAUUUAGAAGUUAAACACCAUUUUGUGACACCAAUUUUGACGAUAAGUAAGGAUUAGUUGAUGGAAGAAGAAAAUGUAUAUAAUUUUUUUGAAAUUGUAAACACCUAAUUAUUUUGAAAGCCACUAGCAAAUUGUGAGAAACAUAUGCCUAAAAUGUUUUCAAGAUAAGAUAUUAGGUUCAUAUAAAUCGUUGGAAAUUAGUAUUUUCUCUAAUAAAACCAGCAUCAGCAAUUUUUUUCAAAUAAAAAUUAGAGAAGGCUGUUUUUUCCGAUGUUUUUAAGACUGCUUCGUCCCUUCUCCAAUAAUAUUAUAAAUCUUGUAGGAGUAUAUGUCGAUGCAGAUUUAGAUUCAUUGCUCUUUGUAACAGAUCUCAGUUUGGUUUUAAACAAAGUACCUUUUACUAAUUCAAUUUAUACUAAACAACUAUUUUUUGUAAUUUAAGUGUAGGUCAUCUCAGUCUUUUAGAAAAACUUAAAUAAGUACAGAUAAAAAGUACAGAUUUUCCGAUAAUAGUAUUCGGCUAAUGCAGUCAUUCAUUUUUUUUAUAGAUAUAAACAACUUUUGCUAUAGAUGCACAAGGGUUAGCCUGGUUACAUUCUAACAGAUGGCUUCCUUAUAUUAAGAAGACAUCCAGGAUGGUCCAGAUUUUUUCCUUUCUAUUGAUACUAAGUGUAAUGGCUUAGAAAAUAAAGUUUUUCUUCUUAGAUACCUAGCAAAUAAGACGUGUAUUAAGUAGGUGUAACUGACAGAGGACUGCACAGUCUAACACGUUUUUUCCCAAUUUUAAAUAAAUUAAAAUUACCUGUUGUGCCAGAGUUUUGCAAAACUUUUGUUUUGUUUCUAAAUAUAUUUUUUAUUUUUUAAAUUGAUGUAAAUUGAUUUUUGGAACCCUGGAAACACAUGGGUACAUUAAAACCAACUUUUAUUUUUAUGAACAAAUGUCAAGUUUAAUUUAAAAAAUCAUAAAAUAAUUAUUAAGUUGACACAGUCUUAAAACAAGCCUCAUGUAAAUUAAGGUUACAUUUCUCACACAUCUUAGUCGAGUUUUUGUGACAUAGGGCGCUAUUCUGUUUUGUGGCUGUAAUAAUCCAAUGAUUCAAACCAUCGUACCUAAUUUGAUUAUGGUUCCGAGCCUCUAACGGCUUUGAUGUUUUAGGGCGUCCUCCAGUUGGAAUAGGCCUUCCAUAUUUUCUUAAAUAUACCUGCACCACUUCUCUUCGAAACUUUAAAAAAUCCACUUUUUCGCCAUUUGGUUGAAGUUUGUAAUAUUGCCAGGCGUUACGCAUGCACGAGUCCAAGCAAAAUGCGAAAAGACUCCACCACCAUUUCUUGAAAUGAACCCCAAUUCUAUAGUUAUGUAUAUUUUGAUCCAUUCGGUCCACUCCACCCAUAUAUUUAUUGUAUUGCCCGACUACAAAAGGCUGAGGAACCAGGCAUUUUUUUUCUCACUAGAAAUCCACCGACUAACUUUACCAACAGGAUUCACCGGAUCGCUUACAAUUAGAACAGGACGGUUAUCAUUCCAUGAGGUAACUGUAAUAAUAAGGAUAAUUCUCUAAUCUAUUCCCGUUGAUUGUACCUGUAUAUUCUACUCCGAUCUUCUACAGCGAAUUGACUAAUUUUAGGGAGGAAAAAUAUCUGUCGCCAUAAAUUUUAAAUGGGACAUUUUUUAGAAGAUUCUCCAAAAGGGUCAUCACUACAGAUCCUCCCAGUCCUAGGUCCAUGUAGCGCCUAUUUGCUUGUUUACCUUGAUAGGGAUUAAAUUGUAUUAGGUACUCAGAUUUUUCACACAAGGACCAUAUUUUAUAGCCGUACCUAAUAGGUUUACCUUUUAUGUACUGCUUCGCUCCAUGCUUUCCGAAAUAUGGUACCAUACUUUCAUCAAUAGACAGUUUUUCGUUAAGCGAAGCAUAAGACAAAAAUCGGUCAUUUAACAUGUUAAAAAGUGGUUGCAACUUCGCAAAUUUAUUGUCUUGUUCUAAAUCAUUAUGAUUAGCACAAUGCACAAUUUUUUUUAAUAAUUCAAACCGAUUUCUUCGCAUUGCGUUUGCUACUAAUGGAUUGUAUGUAUCAGUAUCCACCUCCCAAAGCAUACGCCAUCUUGGAACUUGUAAAUGCCCGGAUAAAUAUAAAAUACCAAUAAAGCAUUUUAGUUAUCCUGCAUCAGUACUAAAAUUAUGAUUGCCUUUUGAUCUACCAUACAAGUUAAACAUUUCUACUAAAUAAUGACAUAUUUCCAUAUCAAAAAAUGAUUCAAAGCACGCAACAGCAUCUGGAAAUAUGUCUAUGUUUGCGCCAGGCUCUUUCGGAGAAACAAAUUGUGGGAAGGAGUUAUUCAAUUCCACUUUUUUCCAGCUUCUUUCUAAAUUUGUUCUGUUUAUAUUAGCUUGGGUUACCAAGCGAGCUUAAGGUAUAUUGUCGCUAUCGUCGCUUGCAUUACCAUCAGAUAAUUCAGGAGAGUUAUCGUUUACGAUAGAAUGGCCCGAGGUUCCUGGUUGGGAAUCGAUUGCGAAGAUUUCCUCAAUAUUUUUAUCCUGAUAAUUAUCUCCAAUACAAACUACUCCAACAAUGUUCUUUAUUUUAGCACAAGCUUCUGACUGCAUUUGACGACCACUAAGGUGAUUUACAUUAGCUGAAGGAACUUCAUCAUCAUCAGAAUCCUCUUCAGAAUCCCUUCCAUCGUUUGGAGGUAUGAUAAAAACAUCUGCAGCCCAAAACUGCUCAUCUUCAUAGUUGAUUUAGUAAUCAAUUAGUUCUCGGGUCGUAUAAUACCUACAAUAAAAAAAAAUAUAUCCAUUGUUCCCAGUGUUCCAAUAUAGGAACAACCUAAAAUGAUCAAAUCAUUUAGUAACUUUCAAUAAUAUUCGUAUUUGGUAUAUAAAAUAUCUUAAAUAACAUCACUUACAAUAAAUUCUUUGCAGUAGAACAAUUUAAUUAUCAAAACUAUAAAACUUAUACUUACUUUUUUAACGCCAUAUUGUGAACUUUAAAAAAAAAAAUCAGUAAUUAGCACACUAAAUGAUCACAAUGGAUAUCUUAGGCUAUUGGGCCAAGUUGCAUUUAUUAUGAGGAAACAUUGAUAAAUAUUGAAUAAACUUUUUCAAAUUUACGAAACAUAAAAUUGUGUAGAAAAACCUGUACAUUAAUUCCAAAUAAGUUUUUAUAUCUAAAAGAGCAAAGUUAACAUUUAUUUCCACUAUAUUAAGAGGUGAUUUUUCUUUUACUACUACAAAAUAUAUAAUAGCUUUCCCAGAAUGAAAAUUAAGGUAACAAAUUAUCAUUUUAGUGGAUGCAUUUGUGCAUAACUUAAAAGGUUACGAUACGUUCUUUUGUGCUUCUUUCAAGUUAGUGAAAGAUAAAAAGGUUUCUAAAUUAAAUUUUAAAUAGAAAAUGAGUAGAAGGUCUAUAUAUUAUAUAAAAUAUAAAAUUAAUGAGGGAGAAGUUCAAGAACUUGAAGGGACGGUUUUUAAUAUAGUUACAGCUGCAUAGAAAAAAUGGUUUUUUAUAUAAAUUAUUUCAUAGGCAUAUUUUUUCCCUAAAAAAUUUUAAAUUAAUAAAUACAAAGCAAAAGUGGUGUUUUGUGCGUAAAAUGGUAAUUUCCUGCAAAAAACGUUUCAAACUGUAUUUAAUUCAUUUUUGGGACCCUACAAUAGAUCGAAGAAAAUAGUGUUUAAAAAGUUUUAUAAAAUAUUUGUUAAAAAAAAUUAAGGUUAACAUUUAUGUAUAUAAAUUAUAAUAUGCAUUAAAAUUAAAAUAGCA